UGUGUGUGUCUCUACAGGGGGAUCUACCUGGCUGCUGUGUUCUACCAUAAGGACAGUCUGCUGGUGACAGCCGAGGACCAGAUCCCCAUCGUGGAGGUGGACGACUCGUACAGCAGCAGCCUCAUGCAGGACUUCCUCUGGUUCACCAAGCUGUCCUGCAUGUGGGAGGACGUCCGGUGGCUGAGACAGAGCAUGUCUGUGUCCAUGUCCUCGUCCUCCACGCUGCAGGCCCGGCACAAGAUGCUCACCGCCGCCAGCACCAUGCAGAACCUCCUGGGGACCCACAACCUGGGCCGGGUCCACUACGAGCCCAUCAAGGAUCGCCACGGCAACCUGCUGCUGGUGACCAUCCGCGACCUGGACAGCCAGCACUCGCUGUUCAGCGGCAAGUGGAUGCUGGUGACCAAGCUGCAGAGUCAGAGGAAGUCUCUGUCCACGCCAGAGGAACCGUACGCACUGGACAUCCUCAUCAUCACCAUACAGCCGUAG